UUAAACAUUGCGUGCAUGUGAACAAAGGAACCGUGACAGCUUCAGAUUGGUCCUGCAGGUCACGUUGCUAGCAAUGCCUUUUUGUCUCUUUUUAAAGUUAUUUCAUCACUGCCGAUGAUCCCCGCCAACAAAAGCAUUCUGUCCAGGGUUGGGGACCGGACGACACUACCCUGCACCUUCACGCCAAAGAGCAGCAAUGGACUUAUAGUGACUUGGACUAAAAAGCCCGGACAAACAGUCUACUUUUUCGCUGAAGGCAAAGAGGAUGCUGGGAAGCAGGAUGAGCGUUACAAGGACCGGACCUUUGUGUAUGAAAGCCGGUUCAAAGAGGGCGAUUUCACUCUAUUUCUGGAGGAUUCGAGAGUCUCAGAUGAAGGGGACUAUGAAUGUUUCGUUCGCUUCAAGCCUGCUGAUUUUGAAAACAGCAGUUUAGAACUGUAUGUUGCAGCAAACUACACCCAGCCAGUAGCGUCCUGUCUCCAGUCAGACAGCACCGGCAGUGCCCAGGAGGCGAGCGCUGUGACCCUGAGCUGCCAGACCGAGCGUGGCUACCCCGAAGCCCAGCUGGUAUGGACCUUCAGCAAUGGAACCCAAGUCCACAGUGCUGCCCAACACAGUGCGAAUGACAGCGAGGGGCUCAUCAGCAUCCAGAGCCAGCUGGUCAUUGCCAGAGCUCUCAGUGAGAAUGUCACGUGUGAAAUCCACAACAGCAGACUGAGCCACAGCCUCUUCACUUCUGUCACCUGCAGCCUGCCAAGCUCAGCAGGCAGUUUCCAGAAUGAGGAACGGAAACGACCAGGUCUCCUGGCCGCCGUGCUGUGUUUCGUGUCAAGCCUCCUCCUGUCACUCAUUGUGAAGAAAGCCUCCUGCCGCUGACACAGUGUUAUACCUUUCACUGACAGCAUGUGAUGUAUAAUAGCCGUCCUAACCCAUGGAACUGUGUUUCAACACCAGCCAACGACAUUCAGACAGGAAGCUGGAGUUCCAGUGUCCAGUAGCAUUUACUUUGAUUAAUGACCCAGGACAAAAAAACAGUACCGACCCACUAUAAAACAAUAGGACUAAACGCCCAGCUUAAACAUCCUGUUUACAUUUCUCUACAUGUUUCUCUCACACCAGAUCUGUCUAAUAAAUCAAUCAUUCCUACCAUUGAAA